AUGGCUGGCCGGACUCUGGCUCUGCGUUAUGGGCCCUUGUGGUCCCCCAUCUCUGAAACCGAGGUGCCGGGAUCCUGGCCCAACUGGCAUCUCACCAGCAGCGGAGUUGCCCACCACCUCGUCCCGCCUGCGCCCUUCCCCCCGCCCACCGUGCAGUCCACGGUGGCCAAGCCCCUACCCCCGGCCGCAAAGCAGGCUCCGCACAUCUGGGCUUUCGACGAGGUCAUCAGCAGGUGGGAGACGACCUCGGGCUCGGCUUACGUGCCCAAGAACCACGGCGGGCCCUAUGCGCAGCCCAGGGCCCCAGAGCCUGCGGACCCCACGCGGACUAUGGGGAUCAAGGAUUUAGGAGAAAAGCGCGCCCCCUCCCACGCCCGGCCCCUGCGGCUGGAGCUCGCAGACCACCUCCGCGGGGGCCCUUCCCAGGCUUUAAUCCCCUGGACCAGGAACCCCGAGCUGGCCGGCCGGCCUUUCGCAAUCUCUGACCUGGGCGUCCUGGACCGCCAUCAGCCCUAUCUGACCACCUCGGCCCGGGACUUCCGGUUCUACUCGAAGAAGGAGCUGUCCGGAUACCCCCGCAAAGAUUUGCUGACCUACUGGAGCUUCCAGGAGACGCCCCAGCUUAGGGGCUACAGCCCGAAGCAGUCGUGCUCCUCUCGGUUGCCUCGACCGCCGCAAGUCCGCUUGCCCCGAACCCACCCAGUGACGCUGGCCGUACCGCACCGCGGGGCCCUGUCUCUGGCUCAGGAGUCCUACACCAACCCGCUGCACCCACUCCGCCGGUUCGACCGAUUUUGCCCGCUAGAGGCGCCCUGGGGCGGCCCGCACAAGAAGCCCCUACCGGGUAUCUAUAGCGUGCCCAAAGCCUAUCGCACCGAGAACUCCCGCUACGGCAGCUCGAAGCCGGAGCUUGUCUGAGCAGCCGGGCCCCGCCCCACCCCGCCAGGACACGCCCCCUGGACCGUGGGGCGGGGCGGAGCCAGGAACACUGCGACCAGACAGUGGGAGGAGCAGGGCUCGGGAGCCCCGCCCACUCACGGGCCAUACCCCUUAGGUCUAUGGUGUCGCCCGGAGGAACCAAGACACGCCUACUCAUUUGCCUUGGGGGGGAGGGUGGCGGUACUGAGACCAGAAAAUGGACCUUGAGGCUGGUGGCCCAGCGGGAGGGGACAUGCCCCCUGCGGGAGAUGGGGAAGGGGCUUACCUUUGGUCAGAAGUUAAAUAGCCUAAAUCAUGUCCAUUUUGGGGGACAGCUCUGAUGGGCUUCAUG